AUGUGGUUGAAGGACUUCCUCCCUGUAAAGAUGCCCCAAGCCCGCAUCAUGGUGUACGGGUACGAUGCUGUCCCUGCCUUUCGAAAGUCGCGUGAGGGUAUACAAGAAUGGGCCAUCAAUCUGCUGGAGCUCUUGGCCAUGGAACGUGAUGACGAACCGGAUCGGCCACUCGUGUUUCUCCAGGCCAUGACGGAAGCGAACCAGAACACAAGAUACGAGGCAAUCCGUAACGCGACGUACGGCAUGACAUUCUUUGGGACACCUCACAACGGCAGUAAUCUCGCUUCACUGGCUUAUGCUGUUGCCGACAUUUUUGGUGUAGUUCUGGGCAACCCCCGACCAAGCUUCAUGGAGGCGCUGAGAGGGAACUCUCUUUUUGCCGACGUCGUAAGAGAUGACUUCAGACAUGGCCUAGAAAGGUUCUAUGUGUUGAGCUAUUACGAGACGAUUCCACCAGAGAACAUGAGGGGGCUAGUCGUUGACAAAAAGUCGGCCGUGCUGGGUCUUCCAAGCAUUCAAGAAACACCCAUCUCUCUCGCUGGCAAGGAUCAUUCGGGGCUAUGCAAGUUUUCCAACGAAAGGGAGACUGCUUACAGGAUGGUUGAGUAUGGUAUGGCAAGCCUAUGUGCUGCUGCUGUCGCGGAUUUCCAUGGGACAUGGAAGAUUCCAGGCCACUCAUGGACUCAAUUUGGCCUGCAAAACGACUUGAAGAAGGUGUUGGAGGAAGUCACCUCCCCACAACGGGGUAGUGCUGCCGUGCGGAAGAUCUUUAUUUUCCUCGAUGCUCCCGACGAAUGGGAUGAGAACGACCGCAAAUAUUCCUCAGGGUUCGAAUUCUUCGAAGAUGUCGUUCAGGAAGGCAUGCCCCUCAAAAUCUGUUCGUCGACCCGCCCUCGUUUCUCUCCGACUUCGAAAGGAUCUUUGAUCGAGAUGGAAGAUUACAAUAGCGAGGAUGUCGGCCAGUACCUUCAAAAGACGAUAGGAAAUCGCGACAUGAACGUUUCACGUCGCAAUAUUCUUAUUGAGAACCUCCGUAAAAAAGCCAAUCAUAACUUCAUGUAG